CACAACAACAAGGGAAGCUGAAGAAACUGUCAUACACUCUGUGGUCACACCAGGUUGGAGGUUACAGUCCAUAAUUGUAGCGCGAUGGUCAACCUUGGUCUCACUAAAGUUGAUGAUGCGGUUGCAGCAAAGCACCCGGGUUUGCAGCAGUAUGCCGCCUGUCAGUCUUACGCCUUUAUGAAAGGCACUGCAAGCUUCAUACUGGGCACAACGGGUUUGUUCUUUGCACAGCGAGCACUUCAGAAAAGAAUCCCAUAUCCCCUUCAGUGGAACCUUCUAGUAUCUAUUGUUUCCUCCUCAGUAUUCAGCUAUUCAGUAACUCGCUGGGAAACCAUGAAAUGCUCAGACUUGUGGUUAUAUCUUGAGACAGGAAAUGUUCCUGACAGAAACUCUUCUAAGGAAGAACCACAAACUCCUGCAACACCUGCAGAUCCCAAAGUCACAAGAUACGGGGACGUGAUAGAAUGAACUCAAAGAAUUUUACCUUUGUUUGCAUAAUGUGUGUUUCAAGAAGUAAUUGAUAUUUAUGAUUGUUUUGCUUUCUCAUCUGAUUUACACAAAUGUUCUAUGAAAGAAGUGUAUAUAUUCAUCUAGCAUGAAUCUGAAAUAAAACAUUUUGGUUUUA